UCUGUGUUGCGGGAUACGGGACUACAACUCCCAGAAGGCUGUGCGGUCAAGCUCCUCAGCGGCCUUCUGAGGGGUUCUGCUAGCUUCGGCUCUGUGGGGGUCAGCUCCUGCUAGAUGUAUUGUCCCGGCUAGGCGGGAGGGGCGGCCCAGUGAGGGAGUGCCUCCUGGAGCCGCCCCGGGGACAUCAGUCCUGGAGGAGGCGAGGAUGCUUCAAUUCUUCUUGCUGCAUUCCUGUUAGUCCAGCCUCUGCUUAAACACUGGAGAGUAAACAUUUUCUUAUGUAGCUGAUGCAUUUCUAGAAAACUGCCACAAACCACCUGAGACUGCCAGUCUGAUGAAAUUUUCCUUAAUGAAAUAUGGUUAAUCCUCAUGAUGUUCCAAGUUGCUCCAGUUGUUGAGAAGAUUAUGAACAGGUCAGAGAAUGUGCCCUUUACUGGCUCCUCAUUAGCAUCACAAGUUCAUGCGGCUGCUGUCAAUGGAGAUAAGGGUGUUCUCCAGAGGCUCAUCACAGGAAACUCUGCUCUUAAAGACAAAGAAGAUCAAUUUGGGAGAACCCCACUUAUGUAUUGUGUGUUGGCUGACAGAUUGGAUUGUGCAGAUGCACUACUGAAGGCAGGAGCAGAUGUUAAUAAAACUGACCAUAGCCAGAGAACAGCCCUCCAUCUUGCAGCUCAAAAGGGAAAUUAUCGUUUCAUGAAACUCUUACUCACACGUAGAGCAAACUGGAUGCAAAAGGAUCUAGAAGAGAUGACCCCUUUGCACUUGACCACCCGGCACAAGAGCCCUAAGUGUUUGGCACUUCUGCUAAAGUUUAUGGCACCGGGAGAGGUGGAUACCCAAGAUAAAAACAAGCAAACAGCUCUGCAUUGGAGUGCCUACUACAAUAACCCUGAGCAUGUGAAGCUGCUUAUCAAGCAUGAUUCCAACAUUGGGAUUCCUGAUGUUGAAGGCAAGAUCCCACUUCACUGGGCCGCCAACCAUAAAGAUCCAAGUGCUGUUCAUACAGUGAGAUGCAUUCUGGAUGCUGCUCCUACCGAGUCUUUACUGAAUUGGCAAGACUAUGAGGGUCGGACUCCUCUUCACUUUGCAGUCGCUGAUGGGAAUGUGACGGUGGUUGAUGUCUUGACUUCAUACGAAAGCUGCAAUAUAACAUCUUAUGAUAACUUAUUUCGAACCCCACUGCACUGGGCAGCUUUACUAGGCCAUGCACAAAUCGUCCAUCUGCUUUUAGAAAGAAAUAAGUCUGGAACUAUCCCAUCUGACAGCCAAGGAGCAACACCCUUGCACUAUGCAGCUCAGAGUAACUUUGCUGAAACGGUUAAAGUGUUUUUAAAACAUCCUUCAGUAAAAGAUGAUUCAGACCUUGAAGGAAGAACAUCCUUUAUGUGGGCAGCUGGAAAAGGCAGUGAUGAUGUCCUUAGGACAAUGCUGAGUUUAAAAUCAGAUAUCGAUAUUAACAUGGCAGACAAAUAUGGAGGCACAGCUUUACAUGCUGCUGCUCUUUCUGGCCAUGUUAGCACCGUGAAGUUAUUGUUGGAAAAUAACGCUCAAGUAGACAUGACUGAUGUCAUGAAACAUACUCCACUUUUCCGAGCCUGCGAAAUGGGACACAAAGAUGUGAUUCAGACACUUAUUAAAGGUGGAGCUAGGGUGGAUCUAGUUGACCAAGAUGGACAUUCUCUUCUGCAUUGGGCAGCUCUGGGAGGAAAUGCUGAUGUUUGCCAGAUAUUAAUAGAAAAUAAGAUCAAUCCGAAUGUGCAAGAUUAUGCAGGAAGGACCCCUUUGCAGUGUGCUGCAUAUGGAGGGUAUAUCAACUGCAUGGCAGUGCUCAUGGAGAACAAUGCAGACCCUAACAUUCAAGACAAAGAGGGAAGAACAGCUUUGCACUGGUCCUGCAACAAUGGAUACCUUGAUGCCAUUAAAUUACUGCUAGACUUUGCUGCUUUUCCUAAUCAGAUGGAAAACAAUGAAGAGAGAUACACCCCCCUUGAUUAUGCUUUGCUUGGUGAGCGCCACGAAGUGAUCCAGUUCAUGUUGGAGCACGGUGCCCUGUCCAUCGCAGCCAUCCAAGACAUUGCUGCCUUCAAAAUCCAGGCUGUCUACAAAGGGUACAAAGUCAGGAAAGCUUUCCGAGACCGGAAAAAUCUCCUCAUGAAGCAUGAACAGUUAAGAAAAGAUGCUGCUGCCAAAAAGCGGGAGGAAGAAAACAAGCGGAAAGAGGCAGAACAGCAGAAAGGAAGGCUGAGCCCAGAUUCCUGUAGACCCCAAGCCCUCCCCUGUCUGCCCAGCGCCCACGAUGAGCCCAGCAAGCAGAGCAAACAGCCUCCUGCUGGUAACACUGCACAAGCCCUUGAGUCAAGAGACCUCAGGUCUCCAGGGGAGUCUCCAGGGGAGUCUCCAGGCAGAGCCCCCCAGAGCGAGCAGCAUGUUUCCUCAGACCUACAGAGAACAGACUCCAAAAAGCCAAAAGAAACAUCCAGAGAGCAUUCUAAAGGCCGAGCUGCCUGUGUCCACUUUAGACCCAGUGAAGGCAAUGAUGGAAAUAGGCAUCCAGGAAGCUCCUCUGUCGAGAAGUCCAGAGGUGAGACGGUUGGUGAGCAGCGGUGUGAAAUAGGGAAAGGCUUCUUGAAGCAGCCCUCCUCUAUCAGGGUGGCUGGGCCUGCUGAGAAAGGAGAGGACCCCAGUCGGGCAGCUGCACACCUUCCACAGCGGGAUGGCCACUGGAAGCCCAGCAUGAGGCGUGACACGGCACCCAAGGGCAAAUGUGCCCCCCAGAAAAGGCGUGUUCAAGAGCUCAGAGGAGAAAGGUGCUCCCCAGCUGGUUCUAGUCGGCCUGGCAGUGCCAGGGGGGAGGUGGUCCAUGCUGGGCAGAAUCCUCUCCACCAUCGCCCACCGAGAAACAGAAUGACACAGGACAAGCUUGCAGAAGGGGUCUAUUCAGAUUUGCCACAGAGCACAGAGAACCUGAGGUCAGGAGGCAGGAAGCUGGGGACAUCCACCCUUUCUGAGGACGUUCCAGUAUCAAAGGAGACUGAUCCAGCACCUGGUCCCCUCUGUGGGCAGAAUGUGAAUAUUGACCUUCUCCCCGUAGAGCUUCGACUACAAAUAAUCGAGAGAGAGAGAAGGAGGAAAGAGCUGUUCCGCACAAAGAACAAGGCAGCUGCUGUCAUCCAGCGGGCCUGGCGAAGCUACCAGCUCAGGAAGCAACUGUCCCACCUUCUGCAUGUGAAGCAUCUUGGAGCUGGAGAUGUGGACAGAUGGAAUCGAGAAUGCAUGGCACUGCUUCUUCAGGUUUGGAAGGGAAAACUGGAGCUAAAACAUCCAAAGAACAGUGCAGUAAACAGAGCCCCCAAGAGUCCAUCCAAAGGCUUCUCAGGCAUCAAAUCCACCAGGCACUCCGUCCUCAAGCAAAUCUAUGGUUGUUCUCAAGAAGGGAAAAUACAUCAUCCCACAAGAUCUUCAAAAGCCCCCUCUGUGCUGCGUCUCAAUUCAGUGAGCAACUUGCAGUGUAUACAGCUCCUUGAGAACAGUGGAAGAUCAAAGAACUUCUCUUAUAACCUACAAUCAGCUACUCAAUCAAAGAACAAAACCAAACUUCGACUGCCUGUGGAAGACAACAGUGUUCAGAAGAGCUGGAAUAGCUAGUGCCAAGGUCUAAUUCUCUUGCUGAUCUAAUUCUCUUUACAUCUUGCAAACACUUUAAAGUCUAUGCCUGAACCAUAUUAGCCUGAAAAUGUGGUAACAACUGAAAGAAAAUGUCAGCAUGUUUUCUUUCUGCUCUUACACUGCAGUUUUGUAAAUCAUCCUAGCUUGCACUGGAAAGUCCGGGGUGGCUAUCUGCAUUCACCUGUCUGGAUGUGAGAAUUACUAAUUAACAGUAAACUCUAUAAGUAAAACAAAGACCACCACACAGUAGGAGCGGCUGGGUUGGGAAUUCUGCCAGCCAGCUGGUACGGGCCUGGUUUCUUGGCUCAAGGGAUGAACCUAAAUGAGAACGGGAGCUUGUCCAUCAGCAGUCCCCUUCAAUCUCACUACUUUCCUAGAUUCUAAUGCAAGACACUUCAUCAGACACACAUCCUGUUAUUCCAAUGUUAUCGAUUUUGAAUUUUAGAUCAGAAUUAUGACCCAUUCUGCACUUAGAAGUUGUCCAUAAGCCCACAUGUAACAUCUGUUGAUUCCUUAUUUUUUACAAUUCCUUUAUUAGACUCUGAAGUCCACAGGUUGCGCUCACAGCUGAAUACCCAACGGCACUGUCAAAGUACCGAGGAAUCAUCAGGUAGGCUGUACAGAGCAGACUGCUCGUGCAGCAGUGCGCCGACUCGGGCCACAGCAGUCCAGUUACAUGCUCUGGCUAAUCUGAAGAGGUGAACAGUUUUCUCAAAAUGCCAUUUCUACAGGCAGAGAAAACUGCUAUUACGUAGUGGGGAAAAUCAUGAUGUGUUUUUCCACAAAAAAGCAUCAUGACUUUCCUGUGACCCAAUACUUCCAUUCUGGCUCACUAUGAACACCUGGUUUAAAUAAAAUUUAGUGAUUAUGGGUCCUUUCCCAUUUUUAAGAGUAAGACUGCUGUGGGAAAGCGGACAGAAGCACAAACUGUGACAUAUUAGGCUCACAGAUACUUUUAGAGUUGCUUCCACUUCCUUAAGAACAAUCCCAUAGCUGUACUAACAGUAAGAGGAAGUGAUAAAGUGUCUAUUUAAUUUAAUUACCUUGAUUUUUAGUUUACUAAUUAUAUUCAUUAUUUUUAUAAUUAUGGGAACACACAGGAUAAGGGUUACUUAAAUGGAGCCACAAGAAUUCAGCUAAUUCCUUGGUAAAUAAUACAGUACCAUAUAUCGUGUUGUACUUGGUAAAUAUUUAGCGCAAGUGUGAAACACUACCUGUUACCAUGUUCAUGUGCUAAUCCAGGAAGCCAGCUUGCCCAUUAGUAGGAACUCCUGAGCAUCAUACUUUACUUCAGUAAAAAGGAAGGUUCGUGAACAAUAUCUUUAAAAGUUCAGCUUUAAUGACAAACAUCUAUUACAUCAGUCUCUCUUCAAAAUAAGAUAGACAUGAAUAAACCACUUUAAACAGAA